AUGAAAUCGGACCCCAGGCCCGUCGUCCCGGGUUCCGAGGGGACAGCUGAUCUGGCGGUGAGUGGGGCUGGCCCCCUGCUAACAGAGGUUCGAGGCCGGCAACGCCCCGCGCCGCAUCCUCAGGCUCCCUGGAACAACUGUCCCUUCACCUGCAUACACCCCAGGAGACUUGCCUGUGGGAUACUACAGCCUACAGCAACUCAGGACCCUCCCUUCAUACCUGCUAACUGGUGGCACCCAUCCUAUACAGUGCCAACGUGGCUGGUACCCUUCACCAAUUGGACUACAUACAUGUUCUUCAGCAUUUUGAGCCUCUGGAAACUGGAGGUGCAGUGUCCUCUUGGUGUCACCACUGGCUUUGUAGCUGGAACCUGUGCAGGGUGGUGUAGAGCCUCCAAAAUGAGAAGAAAGAAGAUACGAUGGGAGUGCUUGGGCCAUGUUCUACCUAUGGCUGUGGUUCAUUCUAUUUUUGAGGUAAGAUUACUUGAUGGCAUAUGUAGCAUGGGCAGUAUUACUCGGAAGUGGAAUGAUGUGUUAUCAGCAGUGAGUGAUGCUGACCACUUUGAAAUUCACUUCCCAUUAGACCUGGAUGCGAUGAUGAAAGCCAUGGUUUUUGGAGCUUCCUUCCUCAUUCACCUGCCUGGAAAUGGAUAUCAGGGAGAGACUGUGCCAUUUUCUUCACUCAUAGAUUUACAACAUUCUAAGAGAGAAUGUGUUCAUAUUUUUUUCAUUUUUCAAGAGGUCACUUUAUAAUCAAUUGAGAAGACAGGAGUGAGAAACAUGUUAUCUUUAUCCUGACAGAGCUGUUGAGAGUACAUGGCUGUGUUCUUUGGGAACACAAUAAGUACCCUACAUGCAAACCUUCAUGUUAUGAACUUUCAAAGAUGUGAACGUGCAUCUGGUUCUUGGAGGGAAACAGAACCUGAGCUCUCAGCAUCAAGCAUGAGUGAGAUUGUAGCUUGCCCUCCAUCUCCUGUUGCUAAUCAUCCUUCAACUCUGCCAUCUCCCACCUCUUCUCCCUCCUCCAGUUAGUAACUCUUCUUGCCUGUUCACACGAUGGCAGCCCCUAUACCCCAAAUGUUGUACUGACUACUGUACUUUUUGAGGUACUGUACUGUAAGAUUAAAAUGUUUU